AUGACAGAUGGUCAAAGUGCCAGUCAGGCAGCACCAGUGGGUAGUACAGCCCCAGUGGUUGGUGCAAAUACACUUUCCCAGUUUGCUACAUUGGUUGCUCAGAUGAUGAGCGAGACUCACAGUUUGAGGGUGCUGUUGAGCCCAGAGCAGCUGAGGAGGUUAGAGAAGACUUUUGACGGCAUGCAGUGUCCGUCAGAUAGGAAAGUACAUUUGGCAGUUUUUCUGUUGGAUGGGGAAGCAAAGCACUGGUGGGUAGGCCAGCAGGAAGCAAAGUUUCAGGGUAGAUUGAACUCCCUGAUUUCUUGGGAAGAAUUUUCUGAGGUAUUCCGAGCUUGGUUUGUUCCCCCAUCUGCCGUGCAGCAGAUGCAGGAGAGUUUUCUAGGGCUAGUUCAAGGGAGCAAGACGGUGAUGCAGUACGAGGUAGAGUUUACUUCCUUAGCCCGAUAUGCUCCGCAGCUGAGUGUCCACAAGCUGGAUUUGAUCGACUAUCUGAGUUUCGAUCCGAGAGCUUUGUUAGACCUGCCGGUUCAGCAGGAAGACCGAGGACUUCCUCCACAUCCUAAGGGAUCUGGUAGAGGUGGUGGUUUGAGUUCUGUGCCACGGAGACCACCUACUGCUAGUCAGAGGGAGCCUAGUUCUGUAGCUUCAGCUCCAGCUCCAGUUCAGCCACGAGUGUACAGUCUGAGUCAGCAGGAGGCUCGAGAUGCUCCGGAUGUGGUGAUAGAUUCGAUUUUACUGCCGAUUUCUCUUUCUGUGAUUUUGCCAGCUGGAAGUAAUUUGAUUGCUCGAAAGUUUUGUUUUUGUGGGAUUGAGAUUGCUGGCAAAAAGUGGGGAUUGAGUUUGAUUUUGUUGCCAAUUUCUUCGUACGAUGUGAUUUUGGGUAUGGAUUGGCUGAGUCUGUAUGAGGCUCAGAUCGACUAUUUGAAGAAGCAAGGUUGUUCGGUAUUUUUGGCUUCAGUGCGGGAUAUAAACCUGGAUGUGGGUUCUGUUUCUGAUAUCCCAGUGGUACGAGAGUUUGCUGAUAUAUUUCCUGAGGAGUUGGUGAAGGUAAAGGAAACUGAUGUGGUGAAGACAGCUUUCAGUACUCUGUACGGACACUACGAGUUCUUGGUUAUGCCUUUUGGGGUAACCAAUGCACCUGCUAUUUUCAUGGAUCUCAUGAACAGAGUGUUCAGGGAAUAUUUAGAUCAGUUUGUGAUCGUCUUCAUCGACAAUAUUUUGAGCAUCUCAUUUCUAGGGCAUAUGAUUAGCGGUGAAGGUAUUUCUGUAGAUCCCCAGAAGAUUCAGGCUGUUGCGGGUUGGCCAAGGCCUACAUCGGUAUUUGAGGUACGUAGUUUCUUAGGCAUGCCUGGAUAUUACAGGAAGUUUGUGAAAGGAUUUUCUCAGAUUGCUACGCCUCUGACGAGACUUACUCAGAAGUCAGUAGCUUUUGUUUGGACACCGGAGUAUGAGGCUAGUUUUCAGAGAUUAAAGGACUCUCUGACUUCAGCUCCAGUGUUAGCACUUCCUGUCACGCCCCAAGUUCUAACUUGGAAAGAAUGUUGA